AACAUAACGAACAUAUCUAUAAUGGCUCACUCUAAUACCACCCUGGAUCUCGUUCCUGAACCUGUCUCUAAGCUCCCGGAGCGACCCAAGGCUGAUGGAUCCGCCUUGAACGAGCACGAGCGCUCCGAGAUCGCAUUUGUCGACAAAUACAGUGCCCCUGAUGUCUAUAUCAACGAGAAGAACGAUACUCUGUGGUUCCCAUGGAUCGGCCCCAUCGAGUUGAAGCCCAUGCGUAUGGAGAACAGGACCGGUACCUUCGUUGUCGGGCUACGAUCAAAGGUGGCUGCGAGCUUGGGCAAGCACCGACACCGUGGAACCGUUACUGCUAUCACCAUGUCAGGAGAAUGGGGCUAUAAGGAAUACGACUGGGUUGCUCGGCCAGGAGAUUGGGUAUGCGAAAAUCCUGGCGUUAUUCAUACCCUGUCCGUCGAGGACAGCACCGACAUUGUGUUUACCAUUACUGGUAGCAUUGAGUUCCUCAACGAUGAUGAUAGCUUGAAGUUCACACUGGAUAUAUUUAGCUUUGCUAAGCUGUAUUACGAUCACUGUAAGGAGAAGGGCAUCAAGCCGAACGAUGCUCUGUGGCAUUAAAUAUAUAUAACGUAUAUGUUCACGGCCAGUGGCGGAUAGGUGUGAUUCGCAAAGGGCCCGGUCCAUUCGCGAAUACGAAUUAAUAGCGGUGUGUACCGAAACUAGUCAACUGAUUCAGCUUCUAGUUCUCUUUUCUGUCCUUCACUCCUACCAAAAUGCCAAAAUAGAGCCGGCAAUUGCCCUCGU